UCAGGAAAUCCAAGUAGAAAAUGGCCAAUGUCUCCAUGGUGACGGAAUUCCUCCUGCUGGGUUUCUCGGAGGUCUGGGAGCUGCAGCUAGUCCACGCCGCAUUGUUCCUCCUGGUCUACCUGGUGGCCCUGACAGGGAAUCUCCUUAUCUUAGCCAUCCCCACCCUCGACCAGCGUCUCCACACCCCCAUGUACUUCUUCCUCAGGAACUUGUCUCUCUUAGAUCUCUGCUACAUCACCACCACCGUCCCCAAAUCCAUCCUCAACUCAUUGACCAACAGCAGAUCCAUCUCCUUCCUGGGGUGUACUACACAGGUCCUUUUAAUGAUUCUUUUUGGUGGUUCAGAGUUUUUCAUCCUUACUGCAAUGUCCUAUGACCGCUACGCAGCCAUCUGCUGCCCCUUGCGCUAUGACACCAUCAUGGACCAAGAGGUUUGUAGGAAGAUGGCCACUGCCUCCUGGCUCAGCGGGGGUCUCUACUCCCUGAUGCACACGGCUGCCACCUUUUCCUCCCACUUUUGUGGUCCUCGCAUUAUCCACCAAUUCUUCUGUGAUGUCCCCCAGUUGCUCAAACUCAUGUGCCCUGGGGAGGCCCGAGCAGAGAUCUGUGUUCUUGUCCUCAGUGUUAUUUUGUGUUUGGGCUGCUUUGUAUCCAUUCUCGUGUCUUAUGUCCACAUCUUCUUGGCGGUCCUGAAGAUGCCGGCCACCGAGGGCCGGACCAAAGCCUUCUCCACCUGUCUGCCUCACCUCAUUGUGGUCUUUUUGUAUCUUUGCACCGGUUCAUUUGCCCAUCUGAAGCCACCCUCAUCAUCCCCAUCGCAGCUGGACCUGCUGGUGUCUGUGUUCUAUACAGUGUUGCCCCCCACCCUGAACCCCCUCAUCUACAGCCUGAGGAACAAGGACAUGAAGGCCACCCUGGGGAAGAUCUUCUCUGUCCACUUCAUUUCCAGGGUGAACUGAUUCUCUCCCUUUGCCAUGGAUGUGUACACAGAGCUCUCCUUCAGGGAAGGUUUGGCCAAAAUGGUCCUCAGUACAAAGCUUUCUCUUUGAAUCCUUGCCUCACUGUCCUCCCUUCCCUCCACUCCCUCCCUGGCAUGCCUAACCCUCUAGAGAGUCAGUGCUCAAGACUGCCAUUGACUGAGUGAUUGAAUAAUAAAUUUACUGAUUAAGAGAGUUCAAAGCGGUAGAAUUGGUAUGCAGGUUCCCUGCCCACAAGAAGCUGACAGUACAGAGAGUAAGACUCGUUAU